AUGUCUAUGGAAUUAUUGAAUUUAUCUUCUAAAGAAUAUAAUACAAUACUUGAAUCCGUAUUUUAUAGGUACAUUUACAGUAGCAAGAUUGACCUCUCCAACAACGAUAUUAAAACAAAUAUUGCGAUUUUAAUUGCGGCUGAUGAAUUGUGUCUUAACUACCUAUGUACUUUCAUUGAAGAUUAUCUUCUUGAUGACGAAUCAUUAUUAAAACAGAAUUUUGUUCUCAUUCAAGAUGUUACAACUAAAUUUACUCAAUUUAGCAAAUUGGUCCAAUUCUAUAAGAUUGCUAUUCAACAAGAUCCAUCAUUAAUCUUUAAAGCAGAUGAUUUCGUAACAAUCAAACAAGAAAUUCUCCUUAACUUACUCGUUAAAAACAAUCAUUCUGAAAAGCCCAUUGUAGUUUGGGAUAAAUUAUUAGAAUGGAGUAUAGCGCAAUCUGAUGAAUUACCGUUAGAUACUUCAAAUUGGACGCAUAAUAAAGUAUCAAUAUUUGGAACUAUUAUUCAACCAUUUAUACCAUAUAUAAAGUUUAAGGAAAUUAGUCCCGCGGAUUUCGUUCAGAAAGUAAAACCAUUUAAGAAUGCCUUUGAUCUUGCUUUCUUACUUGGUAAUUUAAUUAUAAUGGCGAAAAAAGAUGACUAUAGUGCUUUAUAUGAUUUUAAACUACUAAUCCGUGGAAGCAGAGAUGGGUUUGAAAAAGAAACUUUUCAUGAUUUUUCUGAUAUGAAAGGACCUACAAUUACUAUUGCCAGAGUUAAGGGUACGGACGAAAUACUUGGAGGAUUUCAUCCUUUAAAUUGGAAUUCAGAUGGAGGUGCAAUCAGCACUAAAGACAGCUUUAUUUUUUCUUUAGAUCAAAACACAAGACGUUUCAUCUUCAGUAAAGUUGUUAAAGAACAGCAUGCGGUUUUUAAUGAUCUUAAAUUUGGUCCUGAAUUUGGAAAUUUGAAAGCUGAUUUUAAAUUGCUUGAAAAAUUAUCUGUUUUAAAAUCAUCUGGAUAA